GGUGUAGGAAGAUAUAGACGGAGAAGUGUUUGGGUGUAGGAAGAUGGAGACGGCGAAGUGUUUGGGUGUAGGAAGAUAUAGACGGAGAAGUGAUUGGGUGUAGCAAGAUGGUUCUCUUGUUUUGACAGCGCGGAUCUCUCAGCUCAGGCAGCUGUCGGAAGUGACGCCAUCCUCCCCCCGGAAGUUUCUCCUACCUUGGUGUUAUGGCUCCGCCGUUGUCCCGGUGCUGCCCGGUGUAAUUUAAACAUGGAAGAAUUGCAUCGGGAAACCAUGGAGCCCCGGGGAGCCCCCGCUACCCUAAACAUCCCCACUCCCCGGAGCGGCCCUCCUAGCCCUGGGCUCGCCUGCUCCGGAUCCCGUUCUCCCCGCAGCCCAGGCCCCCAGGAGCCGUCAGGCCGGACGGGAAGCAAGUGGGUCCGGUUGAAUGUGGGCGGCACGUAUUUCUUGAGCACCAAGCAGACCCUGUGUCGGGAUCCCAAGUCCUUUCUAUACCGCCUGUGCCAGGAGGACCCGGAUCUGGACUCGGACAAGGACGAGACGGGGGCGUAUCUCAUUGAUCGAGACCCCACCUACUUUGGUCCCAUCCUGAAUUAUCUCCGGCAUGGGAAACUGAUCCUCAAUAAAGAGCUAGCAGAGGAAGGUGUCCUAGAGGAAGCAGAGUUUUAUAACAUUGCAUCUCUGGUCCGGUUAGUUAAGGAGCGGAUCCGUGAUAAUGAGAACCGAACUUCGCAGGGUCCUGUGAAACACGUGUACAGAGUGCUGCAAUGUCAAGAGGAGGAGCUCACUCAGAUGGUGUCGACCAUGUCAGAUGGAUGGAAAUUUGAGCAGCUCAUUAGUAUUGGAUCUUCCUACAACUACGGCAACGAGGACCAGGCGGAGUUCCUGUGCGUGGUGUCCCGGGAGCUCAACAACUCCACUAAUGGCCUGGUCAUAGAGCCCAGCGAGAAGGCCAAGAUACUCCAGGAGCGUGGGUCUCGGAUGUGAGAAGUUGGGGAUGGGAUCCAAUACUGGGUCGUACCCACUGGCUUUUCACCAAAGCCCUUAGUGACUGUGGAACUCAAGCGCUGUAUUGCUUUGUUUCCCCGCUCCCUCUGCAGGCCUUAAUGCCCCUCGUGCUGGAGGGACGCAACGCGUGUGUAGUACAGAGGACUGUGCCCUGUCAAUGUUACCUCGCCCCUAUGGGCUUGUGCUGUUUUUGUUGUUAGGUUGUGUACGUAUAAUGUUACGGUUAUGGGGGAUGGGGGAUAAUAAUGAAUUGAGGGCUUGUCCCUUCUAUGCUUGGGGUUUAUUGUGUUCCAGUCUGUAUUGUUCUUUAUGUGGAGCCUGUUCUAAGGAAGGAAACAAAUUCUGCUCUACUGUUGGAACCUGGAAAGGAUUUCAGAGCCUAAAAGGAGAAUCUCUGGACUUUCCCUUGGAUAUUUCUUUUUCUGACAGUUGCCAAAUAUCCUGCUUUGUUUUCUUUCCAAAGUGCUAUGUCCUGAGCUGUCUCUCCCAUUAUAAGUCUGGGGAUAAAUCUUAUGUGCUGACUUAGGAAUGCCCCAGUCUGUGUUAUGGGGUGGGGGGGUAAUCACAAACAGUAAACUGGACAUUGUAAUGGCAAAAAAAUGCUGCCUACUCUAUUAUGUUUUCUGUGAAGAUUGCACAAAGCAGCACCCCGGAUAUUUGCAUGCUUGCCCAUCCUUGCACCCUGCUCUGUUUUGGAGGCAGUGUUUUUAUCUUUUUUUGUUUGCCAGUCCCCUAAGUUCAUCCAGCAAAUCAAUGGUUGUGGGACACACUGUUCAUUGCAAGGCUAGGGUGAAGCCCUAUUUUAUAUUGUCAUCGUAUGGGGGCAUAUUAACAGUCUUCACAUAAGCUGUCGAUUGCCAAUGUGAAUUUUACUGCAAAUGCCCAAUUGGAAUACCCCCCCCCCCCCCCCCCCACAGUUACCAGCUCGUUGACUGUGCAGUGUUACCUAUUAAGUAGACUUCAUGGUAAUGCCUACCCCCACUGUGUAAUUAAAUUAUUUGUAAACUAUCUCUAAUUGCAUGAAUAUAUUAUUAGUUUUAGAAUAAUAUGCCUUAGGGAGCAGUUGAACGGGAGCGAUGAAAUAACGAAUCAGUGUGUGCACAUUUCUCUGAUUGUAAGACCACAGCGCACUCCUUGGCCGCCCUGAAUUUCCAGCCCUUUCUAUGGUUGUUCUGAAGUCCCAUUUAGUGCAUUCCACAACGGAUCCUAUGCAGUUUCCUCAUAUUUACAUUUGCCUGUAUUAAAUAUAAUAACUUAUA